AUGGGUAGAGCAUAUGCCGAAUUUGAUGGAACGAACCCGCUAGAAAGACCACCAUUACCAAAGUUGAAGUCAUCUAGAAAGCUUGCUGUGGUAUUGUGUCAGUUAAAUAAACAGAUCCUGCCAGAGUAUCUAGCACACUCCAACUGUAUAGAACAACUUCACACACUGAUAUACUGUGCAGCUGUUGCAACACUAAGAACACUUGGUGUCAAAAUGCCAACUCAAAAGAUUACUGAAAAUUCAGUAAAACCAAUAACAUUAAAAUGGGAAAAACGUCUGGAAAGAAGAACGGCAGACAUUCGCAGAGAUAUCGGACGUCUUACCCAAUUCACACGAGGAAUAACAACUCGAAAAGUCCGAAAGCAAGCUAUGGAAAUAAUGCAACGACUCCACCAUCAUUCUCACCAAGACGCAACUAACAUCAACGAGUGGCAAUGCCUUGAUACCUUGAAGCAAAAACUGACCCUAUAUACUCAGCGAUUGAAAAGGUAUAAAGCGUCCAGUCACAGAAAGCACGACAAUGCGCUCUUUCAAAGAUCCGAAAAGGCAUUCUACAGGAAACUGUCAUCCGAACCCCAGGAAAAGAGCAAAACGGUGCCCACAAAGGACCAAGUAGAGGAAUUUUGGGGCAAGCAGUUUGGCUCGACAGCUUAUUACAACAAGUGUGCAGGAUGGAUUACAGAUGAAGAAGCGAAGAGCCAUUAUUCCAAUCCCAUGCAGUAUAGACAUGCCAACGAGAUUAGCCAAGAAAACGUUGACAAGAAAGCGUCAAACUAUUGGCUUACCUCAGGCCAAAUGUUCCCCGAGACUGAGGGAUGCCUUGUAGCUAUACAGGACCAGGUCAUCCCUACCAACAAUUACAAGAGGUUCAUACUUAAGAACUUGCAACAGUCUGAUAAAUGCAGGUACGGCUGUCAGGACUCCGAAACAAUACAUCACGUAACUGGUGGAUGCCAAGCAUUCGCUCCAACGGACUAUAAGGAGCGCCGCGACAUAGCUGACAAAAUCAUUCACCAGGAGUUGGCAAACAAAUUCAAACUGAUCGAAUGCAAGCUACAGUACUAUAAAUAUACACCGCAAUGUGUCCUCGAGAACGACAAGUAUAAACUAUACUGGGAUCGCACUGUGCUUACGGACCAAUACAUAAAACAAAACAGACCUGACAUAAUCAUUGUCGACAAGGGCGCCCAGAAAGUAACACUGAUUGAUGUGGCCAUACCUAAUAGUAACAUUUUAACAUACAGACAUAAUGAGAAAGUUGCAAAAUACAGGGAGCUAGAAUUUCAAAUUAAACGCCAGUGGAAAAUGAAGUACGUGGAAACAAUACGAAUAAUAAUGUCAUCUACAGGGGUGAUACCAAGAAUCCUACUAGAAAACAUCAAAGCGCUGGAACUGAGUGAAAACAUUUACAAAAUCAUACAGAAAGGAGUUUUGCUGGCAACUGCCCGAAUAGUAAGAAAAUUUAUGGGAAAUGCAAGUACCUAG